AUGCUGCGGAGAGAAGCAUUCUUCACCAGCACGAGGACGUGCUGCAUUAUGAAUGGUGGAGAAUGUCACGACCCGAAAUGUCAUGACCGUGUUGAUCGUCUGAAGAAUGCUGCCAUCUGGUUGUCUUGCCAUGAGAAGGGUAAAGGGGGCGACAUUAGCGAUAAGGCGUUGUCUGCCUGUGCAUCGCAUCUGGCCGAGUCAGGAUGUGGCUAUGAAAGGGAUCGUUGCAAGAGAAGGCACAACUGGUCGGAGGCUAUUGCCAUCUCCCUGAUGAGCCCAAGGCAGGGCUAA